UCCGCCCCCCCUUCGCGCUUCCGCCCCCACUUCCGUUCUGUGCUCGAACGAAGAAGAAGUCACGGAACGCCCGAGAAGGACUCGCCAACAUGGGAGUAGAAAUUGAAACCAUUACGCCGGGCGACGGGCGGACGUUUCCCAAGAAGGGGCAGCGCGUGGUGGUGCACUACGUCGGAACACUGGCAGACGGGAAAGUGUUCGACUCUUCGAGGGGCCGAGGGAAGCCGUUCAAGUUCAAGAUCGGCCACCAGGAGGUGAUUCGCGGCUGGGAGGAAGGAGUCGCUCAGAUGAGCGUAGGCCAGCGGGCUAAGCUGACCUGUUCGCCGGACUACGCGUACGGCAGCAAAGGCCACCCGGGCAUCAUCCCCCCGAACGCUACGCUCACCUUCGACGUGGAGCUGCUGGGCUUGGAGGCCUGAACUUAACUUGCCAGGGUCGAAUCCUAUCACGGGAACGCGGAGGAAAAUCCAGAUGACUCCUGCAUAGGACCUAUCCAUGUCUACCUUUUCACUCGUCCACUCUUCUUUACAUUUGCAUCCAAGAUCAUGAUAGGUUUUAUCUUCUUCUUCUUCUUGAGUCAUAGCUCGUCACAUCUUAUGUAUUUAGACAUGUCGCAAUGUAUUUCCAUGUUUUUGUUUUGAAUGACCUUUUGAUUAUUUACAUUUUUUUUUUUUUUUUUAUACGAAUCAUUCCUUGUGGCUCUGCGGCCUUUUCCGAAACAAUCGCCCCGAUUGUGGUUGAGUGGCUUUUUCCUGAGAAGGAAGUCACAAAUUGUCACGACGCGGAGCCGUUUCCUCGACUUCACUUAUCGGGUGAAAUUACAUACGGACGUUCUCGUCGCUCGGAAUUAUUGAAUCAAGCACACGGAGCCGCCUCCAGGUCUCUGCAGUCGGCGGCGGCGACACGUAUUUAUGAGCGCCCGUGUGAAUUUUUGCGCUCAGAUGCUCUCAGCUGGACACUUUUUUUGUCUCGGUCGUUGCUUGUAAAAAAGAAAA